GGUAAAAAGAACCACUGGCUUUGUUGGACUUGGAACAAAAUUUAUGAUCUGUUUUGGCCUAGCAAUUCCAAAAUAAAGUUAACAGCGAUAUUCGAUCUAAAAAUAUUUGCAUUUCUUAGAUACCUGUAGAGUUUAAUUUAUCUUUUAAGCUUAUAUUUGUUUUGUGAACUCAACUGUGAAAGGCUGUUAACGGAAUAAUAAAAAACCAAAUAGUCCAUUCAAAACAACGAAGAGAAGGUGCCGGAAAUCAAGACCACAUUUGUUGAAAUCAUUAUCGACUAAAAGGACUCGAUUGUCGAUAAUUAUUCAUUAAACGAAUCAUCGAGUAUCUUUUUCAACCCUCUAUGAUUUACACAUUUCAACCCUCUAUGACUCAGUUAAAUCAGUUUACAUCCAAUUUACAUGUUAGUCAGCAAAUAUUGUCGGUAUAUCAGAAUUAUCAGAGAUAAAUGUCCGAUCAUCAAUCAACCUUUGUUGUAUUACCGAAUAUACAUUGAAUUUGGGGUGGAGCAAACAGUUAUCUGUCUGAAAUUUGGGUAAACUUUCCAAUCAAAACGGAGAUCGCUGCAUUUCAUCGCCAAGAUUAAACAACAAAAGUAAAUUUAAACAAAGCUAGCCAGACCUAUUCAUAUUGCUUCACUAUGAUAGCCACUAACGGUUCUGCGUCUUCCUACUCUAAGGGCGACCCCUGCGACCAUCAUCAGCAGAAUGGGAAAACAAAAUCGCAUCUCGAGACAUCAACAGCAACCACUGCAGCCAAUUACGCCAAUGGUAUCUCAAAUCACCAUCACAAACACCUCAGAUCCCAUGAGUCUUCUUCGAGUCACGCGGAACAUGAGAACUCAAUGAGUAUGAGCUCUAGUGCCAAUUUCGACUUGAACGCCCUCGAAAUCAAACAUGACGGCUCCGACGGAGACUCCCAACUCUUGAAUAGAGUAGACAGCUCGACGGUCCUUUUUAUCACAGGUGGCGGAUCGGGUCUUGGAGAAGCAACUGCACGUAGAUUUUCCAAACUAGGCGCCAGAAUUUCCAUUUUCGAUAUCAAAAGCUCUGCUGAUAAACUAGUUCUUGCUUUUGGAGCUGACAAAUGCUUGUUCACGCAAGGCGACGUGAACAAUGACGAAGAAUUAUCGGAUGCAAUUGAUGCUACCAUUAAAAAAUUCGGUAAAAUCAGUUUGAAUGUAAACUGCGCAGGAAUUGGAUCACAUUCGCUGCUUUAUGACUCAAAAAGAGACAAAAUGCACAGCGAGAAGUCUUUCUACAAUGUGUUGAAAGUGAACUUAAUUGGGACAUUUAAUGCCAUGCGAUAUUGCAGCAAAGCCAUGGCUAAAAAUGGAGGCACUGUUCAGAAUGGUAGCGGCGGAGUUAUAAUCAACACCGGCAGCAUAUCUGGGUCGGAUGGACAAUCAGGCCAGCUGGCCUACUGUGCGUCUAAGGGGGGCCUGGAGAGCAUGACACUCCCGGCAGCAAGAGAUCUAGCUUCCCUUGGCAUACGAGUAGUCACCAUAUCCCCGGGAUUCUUUGACACACCUCUUCUUAGACAGGCUCCUGAACAAUAUGUCAACCAAAUUCCGAAGAACAUCGCUCUGUGUCCAAAACGACUAGGCCACCCGGACGAGUAUGCACACCUAGUCCAGUCUAUUUACGAGAACCCGAUGCUCAACGGAACCGUCAUCCGACUCGACUCGGGAUCUCGAUUGCCCGCAUCUAUGUUUUAAGCAACCACUAUCUAUUUUUAUUUCUCUCGACAGACUAUCUAUUUUUAUUUCUCUCUCUCUCAAAAAAACAAAUUUCAGAAUUAAUUUUGAGCGAGUAGCCAGAAUUUUUUCGGCUGAGUAUGAAAAUAAAAAUAAAACAAAAGAUUUGUACCAUUAUUUUGCAUGAUCAUUAAGAUGAAGAGAAAAAGAAAUUGUCUAGACCAGAUUUGAAACAGUCUUACUUAAGCUUACCUCAUCUAAUCUUUAAAAAGUGAUAUAUUUGAAGUUCGGCGGCGUUAAUAGCAUAUUCUACAUCCCAUUGACAUUUUAUACUUUUAAUGUUCUGUUUGAUGAAUUGAUUCAAAACCGGUUAGUAGUAUUUGUAUAACUGAACAUUUGCCGAGAUCCAUUUGACAUUUCAGUGAAUUUAAUAAUUCAAUAUCCA